CUCAAACUCUCUCUCUCUGGCUCUCUUUACCGGCGACUCUUGUCGUCUCCGUCUCUCUCUUUCACUCCGCCUCUCUCUUUCCGUCGAUGUGAUUGACGACGAACCGCUCUCUCUCUCUCUCUCUCUCUCUCUCUCUCUCUCUCGACGGCUCUCAUCGUCUCUGGCUCGGUGGCUCUCAUCGAGAAGGGGAAACGGCGACGUCUCUGUCGGUGGCUCGCUUCGAGGUCGAAUCACUCCGCCUCUCUCUCUCCGUCGAUCUGAUUGACGAAGAAAGCUUUCUCUCUCUCUAUCUCUCUUGGCGGCUCUCAUUGUCUCUGUCUCGGUGGGUCUCUUGGAGUUGUGAUAACGGCGACCUCUCUCAAUCUGGCUCUCGUCGACGGCGGGUCACUCCUCUCUCUCUCUCUGCAGCUCUGAUGGAUGAAGAAUCACUCCGACGCUAAAGCUAAGUUGCUUUGUUUGUAUGGUCUGAAUCAUUCAAUUCAUGCAUGGCUUAGAUUGUUCGUUCUGUUGCACGUUGUGUGGUGUUGGUUUUUGUCUCAAAGAAGUAACCAAUCGUUGUUGUUUGGAUCACGUGUUUUCUCAACUUUCUUGUUGUUUGUUGUGUUGAUUUAUGUCUCAUGAUCCACGGUGAUUAAUCUUUUGAUUCAUUUUAAUUUGUCUCAGUUUGUCUCUUUGAAGAUGGAUGGAUCAAGCGAGUGGGAGGAGAGAUGGGCAAGGUUCUUCCAUGACCGGGACUCCAAUAACUGAGCAGGUAUGACAUGUCUCUUUGAUGUCAUUGAAACCGGAAUUAAAUUAGUUGAUAGGGUUGAUGGUAGAUUAUGGUUGAGCUUGGUGAUUAAUGGAUGUGAUCGUGUUUGAUAAUAAAUGAUGUUAGAGAAUGGUUGUUUUGGUAAUAAAUAUGGUUUAAUGACUUAGAUAUGUGUCCACUCAAUGUAGUUGGUUGUGUUCAAUGUUAAUUGAUCUUUGCUUGUGAGAUGUUGAUUGAUCUUUACUUGUCUCGCUUCUAUAAAACACAUAUCUUCUCCUCUCCUAUCUCCAUCUCUUCUUAUCUUCUUUCUCUCUUCUGAAUCCAUUCUCUUCUUUCUCUCUUCUGAAUCCAUUCUCUUCUGUCUCUCUUCUCCAUUUUCCGAGAUGGAUUCUAAUCCAUGUAGCCAAAACUCUAAGUUUGUUGAACUGCUUAACAGUCAACAAGAAAUGGUAUUUGGUUUUUCUCAAGAUAGUGUCUCACUAUCUUCAUCACAAGCCCCGGUGUUUGCAUUUCAAGCGACUACAGAGACUCCAGCAGAGCGUAGGGAAAGGAAGGUGUGGACGCCAGUCGAUGAUGUUGUUUUAAUCAGCUCUUGGUUGAACACAAGCAAAGACCCGGUGGUGGGGAACGAGCAAAGAUGCGUUACAUUCUGGAAAAGGAUUGCAGCUUACUUUGCUGCAAGUCCUAAGGUCUCAGGCCGUGAAGGCAGAGAGCCAACCCAUUGCAAACAGCGCUGGCAGAAGAUCAACGAUGGUGUGAACAAGUUUUGUGGGGCUUACGAGGCCGCAAGCAGAGAGAAAAACUCAGGACAAAAUGAGAAUGAUGUUCUGAAGUUAGCUCAUGAAAUCUACUUCAACAACCACAACAAAAAGUUUACUCUCGAACACGCUUGGAAAGAGCUACGCAAUGACCAAAAAUGGUGUGAGCUCUCUUGUUCUAAAGCCCAUGGAAACGCUAAAAGGAGGAAGUGUGAUGACAGUGCUCAGUCAUCAAGCUCUCGCGCUAAUGAAACCACCACUGCUGAGGAUGAUCAAGGAAGUAACCGAACACCGGGUGUGAAGGCUUCUAAGGGCCAGGGCAAGAAGAAGAUGGCAGAGGGGAAGCCAUUGUCUGAGUUUCAGACACUCUGGAGCAUCAAGAAGGAGGACCUGGCUAUGAAAGAAAAGAUUUCGAAGAUGAAGCUACUUGACAGUUUGAUUGCUAAACAAGAGCCCCUAGCUGAGUAUGAAGAAUCUCUGAAGAAGAAGCUCAUCAAUGACUUGUUGUCUUAAGUCUUUUAGUUUAUGUUGUCUAAUUUUCCAGCUCUUUGUCAUAUUUUAUGUUCUGUUGUUUGUCUUUCAUGUUCUGUAGUUUCUUGUUCUUGUAAUGCAGAUGUUUGAUAUGUUUUAUAUAAAUAUGCUUAUGUCUGAUACGUUUGAUUUGUGGCUAUGUAUUUGUUUGAAGACUGUCUUUGUUUGAUAUGUUUGAUUUGUGUCUAUGUCUCUGUUUGAAGUUUGUCUCUGUUUGAUAUAAAUAUGCUCAUCUCUUGUUGCCUCUCCUAACUUGCAGGUUAACAAUGGUGUGGAAGAAGAAUUCUAUCUCGGCUCUAUGUCUCAUGUUUGAUAUGUCGUUUCGGCUUGUGAGGUCAAGUUGGUGAUAUUGCAGUCUUUUGGUGUCACGGGCAAGGUCUGUGUGAUGUUGAUAUAAAGCUUGGCGUGUCUUGCAGUAUGGUGGUGUCAUGGGCAAGGUCUCAAAGUGUCUUCUAGUGUCACAGGCAAGGUCUCAAAGUGUCUUGUAGUGUGUCAAAGUGUCACGAACAGGAUCUUUUGUUGUCUUGUAGUGUCACACACAAGUUGUCGUCUUUGUUGUCUAUUAUAAAGAUGUGUAUCUUCUUCAUUAUUAAACUUGUGUUGUCGUCUUUGUUUAUCACCAUCUUUAUAAAACCAUCUCGUUCGUAUAGCACCAUCUCACCAUCUUACCAUCUCUUUCUUAUAGCACCAUUUCACCAUCAAACCAUCUCUUUCUUAUAUCACCAUUUCACCAUCUCGUUCUUAUAUCACCAUCAAACCAUCUUUAUAAAACUUUCUCAAACUUGUUUAUAAAACCUUCUCAAACUCGUUCUUAUAUCACCAUCUCACCAUUUCAAAUUCUUCUCGUUCUCAAAUUCUCAUUCUCUCGUAAACAAGUCUCCUCUGAUGGCCUCGUCUUCUCAAAACAUUUUUGAUGAAUCACUUGAUGAUGAUUUUGAUGAAAUUUUUGAUCAACAUUUUGAUCAAGCUUUGGCUUACUAUCUCACCGAUGGUAUUUAUCCAAAAUGGUCAACUUUUAUCCAAUCUAUUCCAAUAUCACAAGGUCCGAAAGCGGGUUUAUUUGCUCAACAUCAAGAAGCUGCCCGAAAAGAUGUCGAGCGUGCUUUUGGAGUCUUGCAAGCUCGCUUUGCCAUUGUUAAAAAUCCUGCACUUUUUUGGGAUAAAGUCAAAAUUGGAAAGAUUAUGAGAGCAUGUAUCAUACUCCAUAAUAUGAUAGUAGAAGACGAACGAGAUGGAUACACUCAAUUUGAUGUUUCAGAUUUCCAACCAGGAGAAGACACCGGAAGUUCACAUGUGGAUUUCACGUAUUCUACAGAUAUCCCGACAAAUAUCGCCAAUAUGAUGGGUGUUCGAACUAGAAUUCAUGAUAGACAAAUGCAUCAACAACUCAAAGAUGAUUUGGUUGAACAUAUAUGGCGUAAAUUUGGAGGUGAUGAAGACAACUACUAAGCUCAGACGUUUUUUCAAAUAAUUCGGUCUUAUUGUACUAAUCUUUGAUUUUAUGUUUUUUUAUAAAUCUAUGUUUUAAAUGUUAUCUUUUAAUAUGUUUUUUUUAAUAAAUAAAUUUUAUCUUUCAAAAAAAAAAUUAAUAUUUUUUUUUAAGAAUCUUUGGUUAAGAAACUUCCAUUGGACCUUUCAAAAUGAGAGUUUCUUACCAAAGGUUCUUAAACUUCAUUUAUUGCUAAAAAAAUCAUUAAGAACCCUCUUAAAGGGUUUUGGGUUGAACAUGCUCUAAUUGCAUUCUAUAUCCGAUUGUUGUAUAGCAUAGAACAGUUGAAGGAUUGAAGCAAAUGUUAAUUUAUCUGAACUGAUGGAAAGAGAAGGUUCGGAGACAUUAAUGCAGGACCAUUCCUGCCUUCAGGGAAGAGAAGGUUCACAUAUGAUGA